AUGUGUACGGAUGUUUGGCAGUCGGCAGCCAAGGUGGAAACGCACUCUUGCCGCCACGCGAUGAAGCCGGCCAACAAGGAGAAGAACCAGAACCAGAAGUGCAUUCCAUACGACUACAAUCGCGUGGUGCUGGACCCCAUGGUGGACACCCCCGACUCGGACUACGUCAACGCCUCCUACGUGGACUUGUGCUUGGUGCAUAGCCAGCCUCGAAGGCCUAAAGUCACCGCAAGUGACUGUAUUAAUAACGUGGAUUUAUCAAGAAAAAUAGAUCGUUAUGACGAAGAGUGUGUAGUGACUGACGUAAGCCCCCCAUGUGACGCCCGCCCCUUGGUGUGCGCAGAGCCUCCUGAAGCCGAACGCGUACAUCGUCACGCAGGGGCCGACGGAAGUGACGGUGUGCGACUUCUGGCGCAUGGUGUGGCAGGAGAACCCCAGCUGCAUCGUCAUGCUCACCAAGACGUUCGACUUCAUUCGGUAUGUUAUAAUACCAAUUACUAA